GCCGCGAGCAGACGUGUGUCUCCUUCUUUCAGCUGCGGAGGCGCCAUGGACACGAGUCGUGUGCAGCCCAUUAAGUUGGCCAGGGUGACUAAAGUGCUGGGCCGGACCGGUUCGCAGGGCCAGUGCACGCAGGUGCGUGUGGAGUUCAUGGAUGACACGAGUCGCUCCAUCAUCCGCAAUGUCAAAGGGCCGGUGCGCGAAGGGGACGUCCUCACCCUGCUGGAAUCGGAACGCGAGGCCCGGCGGCUGCGCUGAGCGCUGAGGCGGAGCCUGGCGGCUUCCCGGGAGUGGGGCCCAGGCCGCUAAACCGGCGGGGCCUCCGGUGGAGUGUUCAGGUGAUGAAGGCUGACGGCGUCUGUUGGGAAUGGCCACGCAUGGGGUCCGACCGGGGAGGAGCUCUGCAGAGGCCUCCCUGAAAUAAAGGGUUUUUACAGUA